ACAUUGUCUCGCGAGAACCUCGUCGAGUCCUUUCCCUGAAUCCCGCAGCUGGUGGCCCGUCUGCCUUAUCGUGGAGGGUUCUGCAACAACAAGGUGAAAUAAAGCCAUCGUCAUGGGGAACAUCUUUGGAAACCUGUUAAAAAGCCUUAUAGGGAAAAAGGAGAUGAGAAUUCUUAUGGUAGGACUUGAUGCUGCUGGGAAAACCACUAUUCUGUACAAGUUAAAACUUGGAGAAAUUGUUACCACAAUUCCUACAAUUGGUUUCAAUGUGGAGACAGUGGAGUACAAAAACAUUAGCUUUACUGUGUGGGACGUGGGUGGCCAGGACAAAAUCCGUCCCCUGUGGAGGCACUACUUCCAGAAUACACAGGGUUUGAUCUUUGUGGUAGACAGUAAUGAUCGCGAGCGAGUAAACGAAGCCCGGGAGGAGCUCAUGAGGAUGUUGGCAGAGGACGAGCUGCGAGAUGCUGUUCUGCUUGUCUUUGCCAACAAACAGGAUUUGCCAAACGCCAUGAAUGCUGCAGAGAUCACAGACAAACUCGGCCUGCACUCUCUACGUCAUCGCAACUGGUACAUCCAGGCCACAUGUGCUACGAGUGGUGACGGUCUGUACGAGGGCCUGGACUGGCUUGCCAACCAGCUCAAGAACAAGAAAUGAGGGGUCCUGGGUCAUUUGUGUAGAGGGAAGGUCCUGGUGCCAGCUCCAGGUAAAGAUUAUAAUGGGUCUGUUUACAUGUAGAGACAGGACAGUUCCUACAGGUGAUCUCUCCCUGAACUUAUAAUGUUACACUAUAUUAUGCCUUUUCUUAUUUAUUUGAGUCCAGAAUUAUCUUUGCUAUUUAAUUAAAAUAAAUGAAAAGUGCAAUAUAGGUUUAUACUGCACAAUAUAAAAUAUAUGGUUCUUAACAAAAUGUUAUUGUUUGAAAUACUGACCGCAUUACCUUUUCCGAUUUUUGUUUGUAUUGAAAUUUUAUCCAGAUACUUGAUGUGAAUGAUUAAGAAUGUGAAAAUAGUAUAAUGGCAUUACAGCUAGCCAAGAUUACAAUAUCAAUAUCAUUGUUCAAAGCCUAUACAUAAUCAGAAUAAUGUAAUGUGCAUAACAGUGUUUUACUGUAAUCCAGUUUUCCUUCUCAGAAUGAUCUCAGUUGCGUAGGUUUUGUAAUUGCUCUUAUAAUCUUCACACAGUAAAGUCUUCAUUUUAUUUUGUUGCAGAUUUUAUAAAUGUUUAUUUAUUGUUUUUUUGCCUCACCACAAGCUUUUCGUUAUGUUGUUAUGUGCAUUAAAUGCUAAGGCAGCUGGUGAAAAAAACAGUGUAUAUUACUGCUUCCCCAAUCUGCAUGGAGAUUCUAGUUUGGCUCACAAGUUUGUAGGGGCUGUGAACUCCGGCAGUCCACUGCUUCAGCAUGCCUGGCUCAGCAUCAGUAAAGACCAUUUGUUUGGGAUAUUUGAUGAUGGCUGAAGUGAAACAGGCGCUCUGCACGAGCUCAGUGGAUUAAGAACUGUUAUUGGCCAGCCUUGUACAGAGCGAUGCAGUGGAGCAUGUGAUUGGCAAUAUUAGAAAGCUUGUAAGGUUUUGAAUGUUUGUUGUAGUCUUUUUGUGAGAGCAGCAGCAUUUUGUGUUUAACAUGUCUUUGAUCCUAAUUUAUCCAUCUGCGAUUAAUGUGACUCUUUUGUUUGUUGUGUUGCUGUAUCUCUGUUUCAUGUGGCACAAAAUAACUGCAUUACUAUUGUACAACUUGUAAUGUAAUGUUAUUUCCUGUAUUUUGUGUUUAUCAACCAAAACUCAAGUGUUGAUUUUAGUAGUUUUUAUUUUUAUUUGCUUUUAUGCCUAUGGUCCUACUGUGUAUCUGACACAAGCCACACUAUUAGGUGAAAAGAUGUUGAUCGUAAUAAAACGUUAUAAGGCAUGUUAAUACUGCACAAGAUCUGUAAUAAAAGUGAUCUGUCAUUUCUCAGACUGUAGUCUAAAUAUCUGCUGCUGGUUGGAACACUGCUAUACUGAUGUUAUGGAUUAGUGUAAAGUUUACUGAAAACCUCUAAUAUGCAAAAGCAUGCUUUUCUAUGUCGGCUCCACUGUAUAUAUAUCUUCAUGUAACAACUAAAAUAUACAAUGGGAUUACUGACCGUGAAGUGAAACAUGUAGAUAUUCAGGUUGAUGUGUCCGACAGACAGGGGCUUGUGUGUGUGAUGUGCUCUAUUCAGUUCAGUUUGGUGUGAACAUUGUUUUGUGGCCUUCUAUUGCCAGUUGUUGAUUUAUCUAACAAGUUUUUCUGUAGGAAUGUCUAACAUCCAGAUACCCCAGCUACCAUAGCCCUGAUAACAUUCUGUAGUUGUGGCUAAAUAAUGUUUCCCUUAAAGUUUGCUGAGUUUGACAUUGUAGAAAUUUAGUAACACUAUGUAACAUUCUCAGAGAUGUAUGGUACGACUGGGUUAAGUCAAAUAAUAAAAAUAAAGAGCAAAGAUGAACAAAA